GUAUGAGGCAUGGGGCACCUGUAUGCAAAUUAGAACUAAACAUUCAUGCAAAUUUUUGACUAAGCCACUCAACACUUCAAUAAACCCGUGGGCAGACUAGCCUAGCCCACCACAUGUCAGUUAUAUCAUUUUAGCUGCAGUGAACUUCAAUUCCCAGAAAGCCUUUCGCCUGAAUGAGUAAAGUUGUCUGUGACGACCUUGGAUAUCGACUGCACUGCAAGCAUGGCGAAUAAAGAGCCCAGCCGCUUCCUGACACAUCUGCGGGACCUGGCCGGUCGUAUGUCUGGUGCGGGGGGCAAGGGAGCAGGGAUAGGUCUCAAGCUGCUCAUUGGUGCUGGAGCUCUGGCCUAUGGCGUCAAAGAGGCUACAUUCACGGUGGAUGGAGGUCAAAGAGCGAUCAUCUUCAACAGAAUUGGGGGGAUGCAGAUGGACACAGUGUUGGCUGAGGGACUGCACUUCAGGUUACCAUGGAUCCAGUACCCAAUAAUCUAUGACAUCAGAGCCAGGCCCAGGAAGAUCGCUUCACUAACUGGAAGUAAAGAUCUGCAGAUGAUAAACAUUGGUCUGCGUGUGCUGUCUCGUCCCGUGGCCGCCAACCUGCCUGCCAUGUACCAGCAGCUGGGGAAAGACUAUGACGAGAGAGUACUACCCUCCAUUGUCAACGAGGUGCUAAAGAGCGUGGUGGCCAAGUUCAAUGCCUCACAGCUCAUUACUCAGAGAGCACAGGUGUCCUUGUUGAUUCGCCGGGAGCUGUUUGAGAGAGCCAAAGACUUCAACAUCAUCCUGGACGAUGUGGCCAUCACAGAGCUGAGCUUCAGCAGGGAGUACACUGCUGCCGUAGAGGCCAAACAAGUUGCCCAACAGGAGGCCCAGAGAGCCCAGUUCUACGUGGAGAAAGCCAAACAGGACCAGAGACACAAGAUUAUUCAGGCAGAGGGAGAGGCAGAGGCUGCCAAGAUGUUGGGACAAGCAGUGACGAAGAAUCCUGGAUACCUGAAGCUUCGCCGAAUCAGAGCUGCCCAGGCCAUUGCUAAGACGGUGGCAACGUCCCAGAACAAGGUGUACCUUUCCGCCGACAACCUGGUCCUCAACCUUCAAGACGACUCUUUUAACAAUCUAUCACUGGGAAAGAAGUAGGCUUUUGAGAGGCCUCUAGCAUUCCACCGGUCUGAGGCUACAUCUGCUGCUGUCUGUCCACCUGCCUGUUAAUCUGAUUGUAACCAAGUGGUUUACCAUCUCUCUGAAGAAGACUCUGUGCAGUAAACCUCUGGGACUAGUGGUGUAUAUCUGACAUGGCUAGGUGCAGAUGGAACCUGCAGGGGUGAUGUCAUAUUGGGAUUUGGAGUCAAUAGUGUUUUGUGGAAUCGAACCAAAUGGCACUCGUCUAUAACAACGUAAUCAGGUGCUUCGUUAACAAUAAGCUGUGUAGGUGAUGCUGAAGGAAUCCUACUUGUUCUGUCUAAUCCCUAGAUGUGUUUGUGUACAUGUGUUGAAAACAGCAGGACUAGGCUCUUGGGCUGCGUUUAGACAGGCAGCCCAAUUCUGAUCAAUUUUUUUAUAUAUUUUUUUACUAAUUGGUCUUUCGAUUAAUCAGAUCAGCUCUGAAAAGGAUCUGGUGUGAUUGGUCAAAAGUCUAAUUGGUAGACCAAAUAUCUGAAUUGGGCUGCUGUUCUAAACUCAGCCUUGGCGCAUCAGAUGUUUAAUAAUGACUUAAGUCCUCUUUGUUUUCUAUGAAACUACUGCUGGGACUAGCUGCCCUCGUUGUGUUAAAUGACGGCCAUGUUAUUUGAUACACGACCAUAUUAUCUGAUGCAGCUCUGCUGGGGAAAGGUACUACUCCUCGUGGCGAUCAAGGGUCUGCCAAAAUGAUUCCAUCCACUAGUUUGGAGCUGACUGAAAAGGCUUUGCCCUUCUAAGUGUUAAUACAUUGUUCACUGUUGACGUGACUGAAAAUAAACAGGGACAGUACGUUUUAUUCCAAAAUCUU